AUGGUGAUAAUAAUACAAAGAGAAACGUUGAGGGAUUUCGGACUGUCGAGUAACCGGAUUCUGCACAUAAGCGCUUGUCCUCUACAUCUUGCAAUGUGGCAUUUUAGAACAUUUGGGUUCAGAUUUCUCACAGCAGCAUCCGUAUACUGUAGUGUACAUUCUCUUGGAUCUGAUUUGAAAAUUCAACACUGGAACUACAACUGGGAUAAGUCACAUGGUAUACACGAUGAUUCAAAGUUCGGAUUAAAACCAGAUACACUUAACGUAGUAAAACAUCAGCGAUCUUAUCAUAAAUUAAUUAUUUUUAUACGUCAUGGACAGUAUCAUUUGAAUAGAAAGAAAUCGGAGGAAAAGGUCCUCACCGAUAUUGGUUGGCGACAAGCUUAUGCUGCAGGUUGUCGACUUAGGGAAAUGGGAAUUAAAAUUGAUCGCAUUAUACACUCAGAUUUAAUCCGUGCUCGACAAACUACAGCUGCUGUUCUAAUUGGCUUACAAAAUAAUGUUGACGAUCUGUUUGAUUCACAAGAAAUUGUUCAACUUGUUAUACCGUAUUCAUCCGAGUCAGAUGAUCCUAAAUCAUACCCUGUUACACAAAAAUCUAACCAAAAAAAUACAAUUUCAAAGUCUAAAUCAAAUUCUCCAGUGAAAAUACCAAUGACUGACAAUCCAUAUAUACCUUAUGCGGGUGCCAUGUUCGAUUGUCAACUAUCACGUUAUCUUACUGAGGGUCCACCUCCUGUUGCUCCUGUUCCACCAACAUCGUCUACAAAAAAAUCUGAUAAUAUUCGUUCAACAGAAGGUAUACGUAUCGAUAAAGGAUUUCAAAUACAUUUACAUUGUAAACCAAUUACAAAACAAGGUCUUAUUGCAUAUAAUGGUCCAUUCUAUUGUCCUAAUCAUUGUUGUUCUAUUUUAAACAAUAAUUCUAUUAUAAAUAUAAUUCAAUGUGAUUGUCCAUGUCAUCGUAUGAUAGAAUAUAAACCAAUUGAAACAAUUGUAUUUAUUGGUCAUGCUAAUGUAUUUCGUUAUUGGAUUUGUAAAUUAUUACAAUUACCAAUUGAAGGAUGGUUACGUUUAAGUUUAGGACAUGGAAGUAUUAGUACAUUCAUAAUUACAAAUGAUGAAUUCAUAAUUCAUUCUAAAGAAGAUAAUCAUAAUCAUAAUAGUGAUGAUAAUAAUGAUCAGGAAGUGAAACAUACAAAACAAUUAAGAUAUGGUUCAAUAGUAACACUUAAUCGCCUUGGAGAUGUUGGUCAUUUACCACCGGAAUUAUUAACACAAUAAUAGUAUCUCUCUUUUAAUGAUAAAUACUUUCUUACUUACUUACUUACUUACGCCUGUUACUCCUUGUGAAAGAGCAUAGGCCGCUCACCACCAGCAUUCUCCAUCUAACCCUGUCCUGGACAAUUCUUUCCA